AUGGGUACUGGACAACAAUUCAGUCAAUACCUAGUAAAGUGUAUCGAGGCCAACCUGAGAACAGCCCGGCAUUUCACGGUUACUCUUUACGACAGGGACAACUCGGAGUACACCGUUGCUGAGACGACUCCGACAGGCUCAUUCUCUCUUGGUACGUACAGGGUCUCAUUAGGGUCUAAGACUUGUGAUUGUGGAUACUUCCAAGUACUUCAUUUUCCCUGUUCGCAUGCACUUGCAUGCUGUGCUUAUUCACGGCUUACAUGGCAGCCUUACGUGCACGAGGUAUACCGGCUUAGCUCCGUUUUCGGCGUCUAUCAGAUGGUAUUUGCCCCUCCCAUACCGGAGGGUUUCUGGCCACCUUAUGCCGGGCCUACAGUUAUACCGGAUCCGAGUAUGAGGCGUGCGAGGGAGGGUCGUCCUAGAUCCACAAGAAUUCGAACCAACAUGGAUGAAGCAGAUCCGAACCAGCCAAAGAGAUGUGGCCUCUGCAGGCAGCCAGGACACACCAGGCGUAGUUGUCCACAAGCCGCAGGCCCAAGCGGUACUGCUAGAAAUGAGUAG